AUGAUUGCGGGUAUACAGCCAACGGCGAAGGAAUCACCGAGGGUGCGCGAGUUUGCACAAAACGCGCUCCGGAACCUAGCAAACGUGCAUGACACUAUCAUUGAAUCGCGUGUCAAUCAGACAAGCUGGGCGAACAAACACCAAUCAGCUGAGGUACCCUUCGCCGAAGGGGAUCUUGUGUAUAUCUCAACCGAGAACUUGAACAUGCCAAAAGGGCAGGCGCAAAAGUUGAUGCCCAAGUACAUCGGACCGUACCCUGUAGAAAGCGCGAACACAGAAUCAUCAGCAUACGAAAUCAAGCUACCUGGAGACCUGGCGACCCGACGCAUACAUUCCACAUUUCAUGUCAGUAAGCUCCGGCGAUAUGAGCCGAACAACGACAAUCUGUUUCCGUCCAGGGACAGCAAGUUCUUUUAUGAUUUUGGCACUCCGCAUGAGGAUGAAUGGUUGAUAGACGAGAUCACUGCUCACCAUUGGAACAAGAACACCGUCAAGUUCAACGUCCGCUGGAACCUAGGCGAGACAAUGCGCGAGCCACUGUCGUGUGUCAACAAGGUCGAAGCUUAUGUGGCCUACCUCGAACUUCUCGGCGUCCAAAGCUGGUGUGGUCUUCCGCGGAUCAAAGGACCCAUAGCAACGCUAAAGGACCCUGCAAAUCUGCAGAUGGUGUAA